CAUUUCCACCUAGAGCGACUUGAAAGAAAGAAUCUCCUAAAUUCUCCUUAUCCAUGAAAUUCCCAGCGAGCAGCUAUACUAGGGAUGUCGUUCUCCGCUAAUCAAUACCUAUCUUCAUAUCAAGUGACAAUGAUUACAUGCACGGAACUGAUGCCUCCUGUUCCUGUCUUUCUUUCCGAAUGUCGUCUAUGAGAUAUGUGACUUCGAGGAUAAUGUUACGCAGUUAGCGUGGUCAGUCUGAAACCCCAACUAACGACUUCAGCUUAGGGUAAUUAAUAACUAUCUUGCUCGGUUGCGACUCGGGCAAGAUUACCCCGCCGACUUCAAGAUGUAGAUCGCGAACUACGGUAACUACCAGUAACUAGGUGUAAAUAUACGGUUUCAAUCUUCCCUUCUCUGCUCUCCAGUGUUAGUCUAUUCAAUCUGCCAAUUGGUUCGGUUCAAAGCAAAGUCUCCCUACCAUCAUGCCUCCCUCCUCAAACUCCGUCUCCGCAGGCCCCGCCAGCUAUGGAAUCACCUUCACCCCGACCAUCCACACCAAAGCCGAAGGCCCAACCCUCCCGGAAUCGAACCCGCUGCGCUCGCCGUUCGUGGCCGUGGUGACCGGCGCGGGCAAGGGGUUAGGUCGGGUGAUCUCCAUGGACUACGUUCGAGCGGGGGUCAGCGGGAUAGCGAUCGCCGCACGUACCGCAACAGAUCUCGAGUCGCUCGAGGCGGAGUUGAAGAAGGCUAAUCCCAGUGUGAAAGUGCUGGUGAAGACCUGCGACACGACGAAAGAAGAGGACGUGAAAGCGUUGGCGGAUGCGGUGAAAGCGGAGUUCGGCAGGUUGGAUGUGGUAGUAGCCAACGCUGGAGUCAUCUCGAACUAUCUGAUCGAUUCAGACGGAAAGCGGCAGUUGCCAGUCGGGGUCAUGGAAGAUGAUGAUUUCAAGCGGGUGAUCGAUAUCAAUCUCAUGGGAAGCGUGUACACCGCGAAGCACUUCGUGCCACUGUUGGCGGACACUAAGGACGGGCCGCAGGCAUUUGUUCAGAUCACUUCGCUCGCGUCCCAUUCAAUUGCUAGCGCCGCCACUCCGAUAGCGUAUAACGUGAGCAAGAUCGCGGUCAAUCGCCUGGUUGAGCACAUUCAUAAUGAUCACAAUGCCCGGUUGGGGGUGUGUGCGUACUCGAUCCAUCCCGGGGCGGUGGUGACAGCUCAGACCGAGCUUCACAGCAAUGAUAAGGGGGAUAUGUGGGACCAAAUCCUGACCGAUGAUAUUGGGUUGGUUGGAGGGUUUCUGACCUGGCUGACAAAGGAGAAGCGGGACUGGCUAUCCGGACGGUACGUGAGUGUAAAUUGGGAUGUUGAACAGCUGGAGUCCAUGCGGGAGGAGAUUGUAAAAGAAGACAAGCUAAAGUUUCGUAUGGCUGUAUGAUAUCGUUCUAUCUAUCUGAGUUGG